UUAGCUAGCCAACUUGCCGCCGUAUAUAGACUAGGUUACUAUUUUUAAGUGAUGUCAUUUGAGAUCAUGCAGAUAAACUGUCUAUAAUUUUUCGACUCUACAGUUCAAUAAGUAUAUAAUUAUAAUACUAGAUCUAGAUGUCAACUCCAGGAUGCUGUUUGGCAAAAACGACUGCUUCUUUCUGGUGUUUAUUAUUUUUGUUGGUAUGUCAUCACGGACAGCUGUUGCAGAAAUGCCACAAGAAUGUCUUCGUGAUGGAGAACCAGCAUCAUACACUGGUACAAUUGAGCUCAUGAGAGGAACACUUGAAUGGUUUGGUAGUGGUGUUGGUUUCAUCUGUCCUGAUGUAGUGGGUUCACUUUCUGAUAACAGAAUCCCUUUUGCUUCAAUCGACAUUUGUGUCUCAGCUACACAAAAUGGAGAAUGUGGUCCGUACAGUGCUAGCCUUAACUGUAGCACAGUAAACGAGGUUCAGACAUCUGUACUUUUGUUUAUUGCGAACUACACGCUGAUGAAUGGAGGAACUAUUUUAUUUCAAGAGUAUCUUGCCAGGGUUCCUGACGACAUUUUCAGGAACAUAACUGUCAGAGUGGGAGUUGAACCAGACCCUCCCGAACAUGCCACUCUGUCUUUCCCUACAAACACUGUGUGCCAAUACGACUGGGUCCCGCCUAACGGAAGUGUCAUAGGGAGUAUUGGGGGGUACAAUCUCAGCUAUGGAGGUGACUGUGGCAUGUGCUCACCAAUAGGAAUGGUUAACGGUAGUACCUUCACAGCGUCAUGUAGUGGAUGGAUCCCUAAUGGUCAGACAUGCUAUUUUGAAGUGAGAACUGUCACCGAAGAUUGUGAAUUUCUCAGUACCCCAGCAAAUGUGACCAGUAUUCUUGACGAUACCUUUCCAAGUGAUAUUGAAGUAGUUGUCGAUUGCUCACAGGAUGUGGACAGUCCUCAGAUACAUGUCACCUGGAAUUACUCUCCUCCAGAAGUGGAAAACACAACCAUCAUUCCCGGUGUGCUUGGGUUUCUAGUGACAAUCUACGAUGACGUCAGCAAUAACUAUACACAAUAUUUGAACAACUCUGGAGUAAGAGCAUAUAGUUUCAACUCAACAUCUCCAGAGUUCCAAAACGCUAGUCUGCAAGGUAGCAUCAGAUUUAUUAAUGUCACUGUCGAGACAGAAGUUGGGACAUUCUCCAAUGUAUCCGAUCUAUUCUCAGUGGAAGGAACCAUGGCUGACAUUAGUUCGACUCUCACAAUAGAACAAUGUAUUGAUGUCUCCAUCAACCAACAGUGUAAUGAAAGUCCCGAUUCCUUCCAAGCUCAACUCCAGUUUGCUGAUGGUGCUUGUCAAAGUAAUGGAUCAAUAAAAACUACUGAGAAGUAUAUGUUACAAAAUGAUUAUGAGACAUGUAUUCGUGUGGGAACAGAUCCAAUUUGCUUCUCCGCAGUCGUGUCUCGCAAUGGUGUGGAAGUUGCAAGAACUGUGAGUCAAGAACUAAUCCUGCUUCAAUGUAAUACGAGUACUCUAAGUCCGAACUACAAUACUGGAGUGCAACUUACCAAUUCUAGCAGCAUGCCCAUGAUGGACAUAUCAUCAAGAGUUAAUGUCCCUCACAACAGUAUGCUCUACCUUCAAUGUUCUACGUGUACGCUGAUGGGGACUAACACAACUCGCUGUGUCAACGGAACUUUUGAGCCAUUAGUGAAUCAAAGCACUUACUGUAACUGCCCUAGUCCUCUUAGUAAUGCAGAAAUAAUUGGAAUAUCAGUCGGUGCAGCUGCUGCAUUCGUCCUCGUCGUCGUCAUCAUCGUCAUCAUCGUCAUCAUCCUCAGUUGUAUAUUACCUUCUAAGUCAGACAAAUUUAAAUUAAGUUCUUCCCCUAACCCUAAGUCUAAUGAUGUUGCGACUGCAGUCUUUAACAAGUCUAAGAAUUCAGUGGAUCUCGUUAAAAAAACAGACGUGCAAACAUAGUUAUUAGUCCUACAUAUACUCAUAUCUUUAACCCAGAAACAGUGUCGUUAUAAUUUUAUAAUUCAAAGCUUGCUCACCUCUUUUUUUGGCCUGGAUCUUCCCAGUUAUAGCUCUCACUCACCUAUUCUUUUAAUUAAAUCUAGCUUUUGUGAUGGACACAAAAUAUCAACUGAAGGUAUAUGUGGCGCACCAUCAAUUUUAUUUUAUUUUACUAUAUUAUAAGCAUUCAUGCUAUAAUUAUUAUCAUGUGUUGCAGUCAUUGAAAAUUUCCAGGCUGUCUCCUCA